AUGUCUGUUAACGAUGAACAAGUUUGUUAUACGUUGUGGAGAGUUCGUCGUACUGUUUUACAGGUAAUUAUAUGAUUUCUUAUUGUCACUCGGUUAUUUAGAUGUGCCAUGAUCGCGGAUAUUUGGUGACCCAAGAAGAAUUGGAGCAGACGUUGGAUCAGUUCAAGGAAUUUUUUGGUGACAGACCUUCCGAAGGUAACCCUUCUCGGAGUUCCUUGACUUUAUUGGUGGCUCAUAACGACGAUCCCACAGGUAAGAUUAAAAUUUAUUUUAGGUAUUAUUUUAGAUCAAAUGUACGUUUUCUUCCCGGAAGAUCCCAAGAUUGGUAUCAAGACAAUCAAAGCGUUCUGUCAGCAGAUGCAGGAACAAAAUAUCACCAGGGCGAUCAUUGUCGUUCAAGGCGGAAUGACCCCUUCUUCCAAACAGGCCGUUAAUGACAUGAUGCCCAAAUAUCAACUGGAGGUAUUUUUGGAGGCCGAAUUGAUGGUUAAUAUCACUGAGCAUGAACUGGUGCCCGAACAUGUGGUCAUGACACAAGACGAAAAGGCUGAAUUGCUCGCCAGAUAGUAAGCUUUGAGUCUUUUCUAAUAUUGUGACCUGUUUUAGCAAGCUGAAAGAUACCCAGCUGCCGAGAAUUCAGUUGAGUGAUCCAGUUUCCCGUUACUUCGGAUUGAAGAGAGGCCAAGUUGUGAAGAUUAUCCGGCCUUCCGAGACUGCUGGGCGUUACAUUACCUACAGAAUCGUCGUUUAA